CACAGCAACUAAUGAACAGCAGCAUAAUGGAAAACUCAACAGAAAACGGAUAUUUUCUACAACAAAUAUAUAAAUCACUGUCACAGGACCUACAAAUACAACCAUUCAAUCCAGCGGCACUGGCCAGUGCUAUGAAUGUUAACCCGGAAAAUAUUGAUCAUAUGGUAGAGAUGGAGUUAAAGGUUAUAAAAGAAAAUGUUCUGAAGAAGGAACAGCAAUACGUGGAACAAAUGCUAAGGGAAAAUCCCAUAGUAAUUGAACGACGAAACAACAACAAUCAGCAGCCACAACAACAGCAACAAACAUCUAGUGACGAUGAUGUGGUAGAUGUUGUAACCGUUUCCACCUCUUCCAAGCGGGAAAACCAGAAAUUUUUGCAACAACAACGGGCCGAGGCUUGUCGCCGCUCACGUUAUAACAAUAAAAUCAAGAAAGCUAAAUCGAAAUAUCGUCACAAAUAUAUAUCACAGAAAUUACUACAAAGUGCUCAAAUGUUUGACUGUAUACAGGAUCUCAUUAAACAAGCUGAAAAUCAAUUACUUAGCCAAGGUUUACCCGAAGAUAAACUCCAGCAGUUACGUCAAAGAUAUGACAUGGAAUAUGUGCAAGAACUGAACCAAACCAUCAAAAUGGAAGAGUAAUAUGCAGCUCAUCAUCCUACUCCCCACCUCCUUUUCUUAUACCGUCAUUUGCUAAGGCCUGCAUAAGUAUGUGUGAAAAGCUAGUUCAACCUGCAAAUUCCUCAUCAUUUGCCUGCAGUAAUAUGACGG